AUGGAGCCGAAUACCAGAGCAGAUCAUGAGGUCAGCUUCGAAGACAAGCUACUCCCGCAGGCUGGCCCGCGAGUGUAUCGCGUGGUGUACUCCAACAUCCUCAUAUUUGGUUACUGGCACCUUGGCGGACUUUACGGACUCUACCUGUGCUUCACGACUGUCAAAUGGGCAACAAUUUUAUUCAAUGCUAUUCUCCACGUGGCAGCUGUGUGGGGAGUAACGGCGGGCGCGCAUCGGCUCUGGUCACAUGGCUCAUACAAGGCAAAGCGGCCGCUACAGAUUAUACUCAUGCUGUCACACAGCUUAGCCUCUCAGAAUACGAUUAUUCAUUGGGCUCGAGACCAUAGGUUACACCACAAGUACAGUGACACAGAUGCCGACCCACAUAACGCUACUAGAGGAUUCUUCUACUCACAUAUCGGCUGGUUAUUAGUGAAAAAACAUCCGGAGGCGAUUAAGAAGGGAAAGACGUUAGAUGUUUCGGAUCUUUAUGACAAUCCAAUUUUGCAGUUUCAGGAGAAAUAUUACCUGUACCUAACCACUUUACUAACGUUUAUACUGCCGGCCCUCAUUCCAGUAUACUAUUGGGGAGAAACCUUAAACAAUGCGCAUCAUACUUCUAUUCUCCGUCUUAUGAUUGGCUUCAAUUUCGCUUUUCUAGUAAAUAGCGCAGCACACAAGUACGGUAACAAGCCUUAUGACAAAUACAUGACGCCUACACAAAGCGUGACGCUAUCACUGGCCACACUCGGAGAAGGUUACCACAACUACCAUCACGUAUUUCCUUUCGAUUACCGUACUUCCGAAUUCGGCAAUAAUUAUAUCAAUCUCACGACGAAACUCAUAGACUUCAUGGCGUGGAUCGGAUGGGCGUAUGAUCUUAAAUACGCAUCUGCUGAUCUGGUUAUGAAGAGAGCGAAAAGGACAGGGGAUGGAACUGAUCUGUGGGGACGAAAGAAAAAUGGAUUCCAUGUAGAUCAACGGGCGGUCGCUAGCUAA